UGCGAUCCUUCUGUUACACCUUGUCCAACCGAUCCAAGUACUACUGACCCAACAUCAGAUCCCUGUGGCUGCAACGGAUGCCUAACUCCUCACCCCUUCAACUGUUCAGCUUAUUACCGUUGUAAAGAUGGACGUCGAGAAUUGAUCUUCUGUCCCUCUGGUCUUUAUUUUAACAAAGAUACCAAAGUAUGUGAUCAUCCAAAAAACGUUCGCUGUUGGGACUUUGUUUGUCCAGCGCGAGACGGAAUGUUUAAAAAUGUAUUUGACUGUGGGAGUUUCUGGCAUUGUUCUAACGGAAUCCCUUACCUUAAGGACUGUCCAGCCAACUUACACUGGAGCGUAGAAAGAAACAGGUGUGAGUGGCCGUGUGUUGCCAAAUGCGAUCCAUCUGUUCCACGUGAGUAUCUUAACAGAGAAGUAAAAUUGGUCAAUAUAAUAUCUCAAAGACCACACAUCCAUUGCUGUUUUGUGGCAAACAUGUUUAUAUACUGUUAACUUUAUUACUUACCU